AUAUGUGACAAGAAUGUACUUAAUGGAAUUGAAGUUUGUUUAGGAUAUCUGAUACCUUGAGGUAUUCAUAAAUACCCGUGUCAACUUCUAAAUUCCUUAUAAUCUUCUAUUCACAAAUCAACAUGGCUCUUGAUGCUAACAACUGUAUACAGAUACUCUUUGUUAAUAAAAAUAUAGAACCUUUGAAAAUAGAUACAAGUGCAAGUGAAUCUGAAUUAACUUUUCAAGUUGUUUUAAUAAAAUGUAUUACACAUGCUGGCAGAAAAGUUUGUCUCCACUCAGACAUAUCAGCACCAAAAUUUCUUGCAGCAUUUGGCUUGACAGUGUGUCCUGAUGAAAAAUAUUGGUUGCCACAGAACCACGUAUUUGAGAAAAGUGCAGAUAAGGAGAGAAACUAUAAAUUGAAAGUACGUUUUCAUCCAAGUGCAAGUGGUUUGGACUACACUAGAAAUAAUGAUGUUUUGUGUGAAUACUUAUUUCUUCAAAUCCUCAAUGACUUCUUAAUGGGUGAAUUGGGCGGCAGUAACAAGCUAGAUGAUAAAAAGCUUUUUAAGCUAUUGUCUACUGCAUUGCUCAUGCCUAAAGUGUUACCCAUCAAUAGUUCUGUGAAGGUGGACAAUGGCUUUCAACAGAGGAGAAUCCAUUUUUGGAAUCUCGACAAACUUUUUUCCAAACUGAUCAGUAAGCGCUUGAUUACUCAAAGAGUGAUAGAUCAUUUUUGGAUUAGCCAUGGGCUGCAGGAAAACCUCAGUAAAAUGAAGCAGUGGGAGAAAACUCUUGGAACACACAAACAAGACUUUUACAGGGCAAUCACUGUAGCUGAACCAAACUACUGGUUUGAGCAAUAUGAAGCUGUUGCCAUUGGCAGGGAUAACAACCAAGAUUCUGUUACUGUUACUGUGGGUCUUUAUGGGGACAAUCAGCAGCCUGCACUUUACUAUGGUGAGGUAAGUCAAUUCAGAUUAUGUUUAUAAUAAUGUUUUAGUGGAAUAAUGCUGAUCAAACAUGGCCUUGGUAGAUUCCUAUGUUGAGUGCGUUGCCAUUCGCUGUCUUUAAUUAUGCCAUUAUAACCAUAUGUGGUCUGUUAGCUGAAGCUAGACAGUGCACCCAUGGACACUAGUUAUAAAAUAUUAAGGGGUUUGAAAGCCAACAUUGUUCCCCUUCUAGUUUGGGUUGAAGGGGGGAAUGGCAGUGUGAAAAAAUCAAAACUGACUUAAUAUGUGUCUUAUAGUAUUUUCAAUAAUUUUUUUAAAGUCAGGUGUCAAGAGUUUUUAAAAAUUAAAAUGGGGUGCAGCUGUAACAUUUAGUUUGGUGACCAGUGUUCCAUGUGAGGUAACCCGUGUUCCAUGUGAGGUAACCAGUGUUCCAUGUGAGGUAACCAGUGUUCCAUGUGAAGCAUAUGUUUUUUCUAUACACAUAUGGGUAUUUAGAAAAAAAUAAAUGUUUAUUAAAUGAUUUAUAAUUCAUUGAAUUAACAAUGAAAUAUAUUGUGUUUUUUUUUCUAAAUUAUGGUUUUAGUAGCAAAUUGUUGAAAUUCUUUAUUAAAAAAAAGAAAAAUUGUGCAUUUGUUUUGAACAGGUGUUUAAAUAUAGUUUAACAGAGAUUAUCAGCAUGAAGUUACACAAGCCAGAGAACUUAGCUGCAAGAACAUGGAGAGUUUUCAUUGUAUUAAAAAAUGAGGCUCCAACAGUGAGUAAUAAUAAUAUUAAUUUAAAAGGCUACAUUAAAUUAUAAAUCAAAAGAACGCAUCAUUUGGAAUUCUUAUUAAAAUUAUUGCUAAAUUAGAAAACUAAAACUAUAUUAAAAUUUUGACAGACUCUGGCAUACAUAAAGGCAACAGUAAGAUAAAUAAAGUAGCUAUUAUCUUGAUUUAUUACAUAUAGAAGUAUCAUCAUCUCCAAAAUCUGUAUUUCAAGUAGUCUCAAAUAUUUGUGCUACAGUUGUUUAUUUUAUCAUGUUUUUUGUAGUUUAGCGCUUUUAGGAUUCUGAAAAAUAGCUAAAACUAACUAGUUAGCAAUGUGUGAUGAAUCUUCAACAUGUUGAACUAGUAGGUAUUGAAUCAAGGCAGUGCAUACCUUUACCUGCAACAGAACAAACUAACAAGAGUAUGAUCCCAUCCCAAGAUAAACUUUGUGCCAGCCUGCGUCCAUGAAACAAAAUGCACAUUUGUGCAAGAUUUGCAAAGUGCAGUGUGAUUUAAUAUGAGAAAUAUAUAUGUAGCAUUUCAAAAUUUUAGCUUAAUGCAGUUAAUAUGAAAUCAAUUGUGCUCAAACUUCUUGGAAUUUCUACAUCUUAUUUUUUUUAUUUCAAUUUUAUCCUUGAAGAGUAAAAUAAUUGAAAGUGCGACUACAUUUUCAAUCAUUUCUUUUUUUUAAAAAAUAUUUUUAACAGUAGAGUCACCAUUGUCCCACUUAUGUAGCCACUCUUUCAAUUGGUAUUUGACUAUAUUUAAAUACUAGUAAGUAAAUUAAAUAAAAAUCAUUGUCUGGAAUUUUAAAACAAAACUACUCAGUGUGCAUCAACCAAAUUUUUUUUUAGACUCUUCAGUUUGAUAAAGAAGGAGCUGCUGAAUCCUUCAUGUCCAUGGUUCAAGGUUUUUUCACAUUGUUCAUCCGUUACGAUACCUACCUCAGUACAGACCUUCAUAACAUAGACACAAAAAUUGGAACUGAACUCUGGAGUUUUGGGCCUUUGGAGUAUGUUUAUUAAUUUUUAUGUUUUUUAAAAUUAGUACGACAGCAUUUGUUUGAAAAAUAAUCAACAAAAAAAAAAUUAAAAUAAAGUAAAAGCAGCCAUUUUCCAACACACAAACUUUGUGUUUUACAAAAAUGAUGACUUGCCGUUUCCUUACUAUUUGGUGUCAAAAUCUUCUCUCCAAUAUUUUCAUUUUUGUCUUAUUAAAUUUUACUUUGUUAGGUUAUAUAUAUUUUUCAAACCAUUGUAGUCCUCUCCAUUUUGUUGUAUGCCUGCGAGUCCUGGACAUUAACAGCAGAACUUGAAAGGAAAAUAAAGGUGAUGGAGAUGAGAUGUUUCAGAAGCAUUCCUGGCAUCUGCUAUAAAGACCAUAUCUCCAAUGAUCGAGCGAAAGAAAGGAUUCAUCAGGCAAUUGGGCAGUACGAUGACCUCCUGAUGAUUGUAAAAAAGCGCAACUGGCAUGGUAUGGCCACGUGACAAGGAAACAAGGGCUCGCCAAAGAAAUCAUGCAGGGCAUAACGAGAGGAGGGAGAAGAAGAGAAAGACAGAGAAAGAGAUGGGAAGAUAACAUUAAAGACUGGACGGGACUAAAACUAGCCGAUGCUGUGCAAAGUGCAGAAGACAGACGAAUGGAGGAGGAUAGUUCACAUGUGAUCUGUGGUGCGCCAACGGUUCAAGGACUAAGGGACAUGAUGAUGAUGAUGUAGUGUCAUUAAAUAUUUCUAUAAAAUUUACUCUGGCAUACCAGUACUCGCUGGGUCAAACCAGGUCUUCCUGGGUCAAACCAGGCCAUACUAGGUCAAACGAGGUCAUCCUGGGUCAUAUAGGAACAGCCCUCUGAACAAAAGUAAGUCCAUAUCCUGGUUCAACCCUUGAGUUUUAUAUAAUAAUACAUUAAUCAUUGAAUAACUAGUAGUCAAAUACCAAAUCUUUUCAUUUUGUUGCUCAGAAAUUCAACAGCUGAGAACUUCCUAAGAGAACCGAGACUCCCUGGCCGACAGUCCAACAAAAGAUUUCUCAUCCAUGAAAGUGCUCAACAGCUUGGUUAUUUUGUGGUGGUCACCUUCACGGAUGGUGCCACACCAUCCUUUGACAGGCUGGAGGUUGAGGUCACCAAGGACAAGAGGCUUAUUCUGUCCACGGGUUCAGUUUAUGGGAACACUGGAGAGUUGAGAGGUCAUUUACGGGAGACAUAUGGUAGUCAGGAGCAUCCAAGGAACUGUACGUUAUCAGUUUUGAACCUUAUUUUUUUUGGUUUAUUUAUGCAACUCUUAAUAUUUAAGUUUCCCUAGGAGUUUUCUUGUCUCUCUGGUGUAUCAAGUUCUGGGCCCUUAAAAAUUGUGUAAAUUACCUGGAAAAGUCUUCUUGUCCAUUUAAUGACAAACUGUUGUUAAGUUAUUGUUCUGCCUUGGUCUGUUGACCUGAACAGAAGCAGCUUAACCUUUAGCUUUAGCCAAGUACUUGUCAAAACAUUCAGCCCUAACAUUUUAUUUUUGCUGUGUAGCAGGGUUUCCAAAACUUUUUUGUACUACACACCCCCUACGAAUUAUUUACUAAGUCUCACACACCACCACAAAUUGACCAAGUCUCACGCACCUCUACAAAUUGAACAAGUCUCACACACCCUAGCAAAGUAACAGUGCAUUUUAAAAUUGGAAAAUAAAAUGAUUUCUAAUUUAUAAAUCUAAAUUACCAAGAGAACGGUAGAAAUUAAACUAUAACUGAGUGACACACAGCUAGUGCUUGACUUACGACCUUUGCAACUUAUGACCAUUCCACUUGACGACCAUAAUCACUAGCCAUAGAUUUAUUUCUAAUAAGAAACAAAAUAGUGUAGAGAUGAUACAAAUGACAUAAAAUGAACAUCGAAAAUUAUGAUUUAUAACAAUAAUAAAAGAAAUUUAUGAUAUAAUUUAUAUAACAUCACUUAUUAUUAUUAGUGGUGGUUUUAUAUGGCGGGUACCCCAGCCAAGGGGUACUUCACUUCAUAUUACUGUACACAUAGCGUACUCAACUUACGACCAAAUCGUGUUACGACCGGUUUGUCGGAACCGAUCGUGGUCGUAAGUCGAGCACUAGCUGUAUUACAUAAAGAAACUUUAAAUAAAUAAAUUUUUAAAAGAUAUAUAAAAAUUUAUAUUAUUACUUAAAGGACAAUGGAUCCUCUUUUGUUAUAAUCACGUUUCCUUCACCAUCCUGAAAGCCAGUCCAGAUUACCUAGUUUUAUAGUGUAAAUUACUGGUACUCUAAAACUGUUGCUUAGACAAUAGCUCUUUGCUCAGAGAGUAGGUUUUUCAUGAUAUUUUACUUUAUAUUACUUUUCACUCUUGUAAAGUGAUUCGCAUUUCAAUGUUGAGAAGCCGCUAAUUUUAGCCAAACUCAGUCUCUUGAAACCUGUGUAGAUCUUACUGUUCCUUAUUGUUCACCGUGUUGCUUUCCCCUUCAGACCCGUACACAGCUGAGAUCAACACGGUGUUCCAAGUUGAUGACAUUGAACCCUACUACCCUGAGCCAGAGCAGCACUCUGCCCUAAACAACGAUCCUGGCAUUUAUCUCAGUGAAGAUCUGCAGAGUAAAAUACCUAUCCAAGGUUAGGGUUACAUGCAGCCAUAGCUGAUGAAAACUUAUUCACAUGGCUAUGGCUAGUUUAAAAGGUUGGGGGCGAGGGAGAGGUUCCAUCUAGUUAUUAAUUAAUAGUAUAAACAUCAGUUUAAAAAAAAUUCACAUUUUAUCGGAAUUGCACUGCAUAUUUUUACACCCAUAUUUACCAUUUUAGAUUAGUACCACUUUUUACUUACGUUAAUAAAACACAUAAAGGACGUCACAGACAAAAUAGUUUUAAAGGGAUGAAUUUACUCUAUUAAAGAAAUGUUUGAAAAGCAUCUUAUCAUUGGCAUGGGAGUCGAGGUAAAAUGUUAUAUAUGAGCAACACUUCUAGUAUCAAGCUUAAAAUGGUAUCUUUUAAACAUCAGAUCAUCAAAUAAAUAUUUUGCAUUCCUUAUUGUAUUGCAAUGAAACUGAAUUUGUUUUUCUUUGCUACCGCUUCCUAUAUUAGACAAGAACCCGUUGAUAAGAAAAUAUGAUGUGUCACUGAAGGGCCAGAAGAUGAUGCUGGUGGAGCUGCAGUCAGAAGAUGGCAGGAUAGCAGAGGUAUGUAGAUCACUGUUAAGUUGCAAUACUGAUCAAUGUAUGCCAGACACAAGACCAGACAAUGCACACUAGACACAAGACCAAACAAUGCACGCUAGACAUAAGACCAAUGCACGCGAGACACAAGCCCAGACCAAUGCAUGCUAGACAUAAGCCCAGACAAAAUUCUGGGGUAAGAAGUCAUUCUUUCAAGGCGUAGAGUCUAGAGGGAAGAUGUCCUGUUGGCAUAAAUGGAGUUUUGUUCCAAGAAUAAGAUGUGUAUAUUUAAUGAGGAGUCUAGAAGGAACAUGUCCUGUUGACAUAAAUGGAGUUUUGUUCCAAGAUUAAGAUGUGUAUAUUUAAUGAGUCCAGAAGGAACAUGUGUUUAUGAUUCAACACUCAUGUUAAAGUUGUUUAAAUGUAUUUUCAACAGUGGUCAGUCGAUGUUUGUCUCAGAAGAAAGUUUUGUUACCUUUGGAGUUUUUUAAACAAUUUUUUUUAAUACGAUUUCUCAAAUUUUUUUUUUUUUACAGAAUUCUAACAUGAAUUAGUUUUAGAAAUAGAAAUAUUGGAUAAUUGAAACACAACUAAUUCUUUUUUGGUCUGAAUAUUUAUUCAAACCAGCAUUGUUUUCCUGCCCCCUUCUGUUUGUGUUGACUGUACAAUACUUGAAAUCCACUCUAGGCAUUUAGAGGAGGAAUCUCCGUCCUAUUCAAGCUGUACAGACUUAAGCCUGCCAAUUUUCUCAAGUUUUAUGGUUCUGUGUGGGAGAAGAAGUUAUGUGUGUUGAUGGAGCACGCCCCGUGCGACCUGCUCACCUACAUCUGCAACCAUCCCCAGUCAGUGGCUCGGAAAGUCAUGUUCAUGUUUCAGAUUGUCAAAAUUCUUUCAAUUAUGGUAAGUUUCUUGGUUUGUCAUGAGACUUAAUUAAAAACUUUGUUAAGUAUCAUCUACUCUAAGAGGAUGAAUUUUUAAUUAGGUCUUAAUGAAUAACUACCCCACUAAAUUCAGUUCAGUGUUUGCAACACUAUUUGUCUUUAAUUUGUUUGUUCUUUUAAAAAAAAAAAAAAAUGUUUAUUUUAAAAACUAUUGUUAUGGUCAUGAAAUAAUAUUUAUUUUGCUGCUGUUUCUUUAUAUGAAGGUCUUUAAUUUUCUGCCCCAAUUGAAGAUGUUUAAAAAAAAAAAAAAUUAAUGACUUAAGACAUCUCUGUUUAAAAUUUCCUUGAAUUUUUUUUCUCCAAGUAGUAGUGUGCAAAAUUUGUAAGACUCGUUACAAAGAACACAGUGUAAAUUUGACAGAACUGAGAGGGAAUGUCAUAAGAUUAUGAAAUUUAUUCAGAAAACAGAUAUUUCUAUAUACUGUUGUCUUCCAGGAGGAGCAUAGAAUAGUCCAUGGCAAUAUAAGGCUUCGAAGGUUCUUAGUGUGCCAAGGGGAAAAUCCUGAUGUGCCGACUAUCAAACUGGGGGAUUCUGGGAUAUCGUCUUACCUGGAUACGCUGCCAAUAGACCACAAAGACAACAUUGAAAGGUAAACAGUAAGCCCCACUGUUUGUGUGGCUUCUAUUAUCAAGCUGUCCACAAACAUUUUCACCCUGGUAUCUCAGAGUGGAAAGCUCAAGCAAAGAUUACAAAGGAAGGGUUCAAGGGAAAAACCAGUGCUGUCAGUUUUUUUUCUAAAUAUGCAAGUUACCUCCCAUGUGGCUACAUUAAAUUCAAUAGAAUAAUAUGACAUAUAGGCCCAACUGAAAAAGCAGCGUAGUCAAUAAAUAAAUAUUUAGAAAUUUUGAUAUUUUUAUACUUUCAUGAGGAAUUUUCAAACUUUAUUUUCAAUUUUUCUCAAAUUCUUACAUCACUGGUGUUUCCCUUGAACUCAUAUCCCUUAUUUUAUGGAUAUGUUAUAGGAUCCCAAAAUAACUUUGAGUGUUCUCCCAAGUAAAUAAUUUUUUGAGAAAAGGCAUGUCCUUUUUUAACAAUUUUAAAAAAUAAUGUUACCUUAUUGAUUGUCUGUGAUGUUCAUACAUGCCAACCGGAGGGAGGAAAACACGUACAAAAAAAUAAUAAAAACGUGUAUACAAACAAAUGAAAAGUCAACAUAACAUCAUAUUCAUCUGCCUUAACUCUUUUCCUCACCUUAUUAAUAAAUCAUUCUACAAUGUCCCUUUUCAUACGUUCAUCAUCAUAUGUUAAAAGUCAUGUUCUACAAUGUGCUCUAAUGUCAUAUCUAAAUCAUUCACAUUCAUGGAAAUGUUUCACAGUUCAGAAAAUGAAACAUCACCAAGGGUGAGAUUCAAGUCUUGGGAUUGAGUGGUUGAACAAUGAACUAAUUGGGGAAACAGAGUCCGGCUUUGUGUUCUCCGCUUGGGGCACAGUUGAUUCUUGAAAUAGACGUGUAGUUGAAUCAGAGCUGAGUCCUAGUCUCUGGGUAGAGUCAAUUCCUUGACUGUGAUUAGAGAUGACACUCGUAAUAAACUCGAAUCCCUUUUCACUGUGGUAAUUUUUUUUAUACCAUUGGCCAACCUGUUCAGACAGGGCAUCACACAGAACAUGUGUCGUUACCUGUAUUGUAAAGUGAUGAGAGGCAAUGUGACACUAUUUGUAGUGGAGGAAACGGGGGAGGGAGGGGGAGGGGGGGUUGGGGGUGUACCAAGAUUUUUGACAGAUUGUGAUAGGAGGGAGGGGGGACAAAAAGUGUUCAAAAAUAAGAACUUUAUGAAUGGCCCCUUAUAAUCGGCAUCAUCUUAUUCACCACCAGGCUCCACAAUACUUGCUUGAAAUAUCAUUAUAUUCUGUCCCGCAAAUUAUCAUAGAUUUUAAAAAUAAAUAUUAUAAGGAGCUCACCAUCUAUAUUAAUUCAUUCAGAGAUAUAGGUUCAUCAUUUUGUACUACAACUUGAUCAGAUGUCGACUAACUAAAGUGUGCUUUGAAAAUUAAUUAACUGAUAACGAAAUGAAUUUUGUCCUAAUGCAUGAUUUUAAUCUGUGUAUAAAUAAUAUACAGAAACAAAAUGAGGGUCCUAAAAGACAGGCAAGAUCAAUAUAUUUAUUUCUUAAAAUGUAAUGUAAUACUAAAGCUUUAAACAUGUACGGCACAUUACCACUACAGACCAGGCAAUAAUUUGUGAGCUCUAUCUUAGUCGGACAUACGCGUUUAGCUUUUAAGCACGUUUAGAGAUUUCAAACAACACUAUGCAUGUUACAGAUGGCCCUGGUUGUCCCCUGAAAGAAGGGAGAAGCUGCCUGCCAUCACAUAUGAAUCUGAAUGUUAUGCCACGGGGACAACCUUGUGUGAGAUUAUCUACAGAAGUGAUCAAUUUGAAACUGUAAGCACAUUUUCUUUUAUUUCAUGUAGAUCUAUGGUCCUGUUACACCCAUACUUUUUGUUUAUUCCCCCCCCCCUUGCAUAUGUAAAAAUAAGCUUUACACAAACACCCCCCCCCCNNNCCCCCCCCCCCCGCCCAAAAAUCAUUUUGUUUAUAGACAGUUAUGACCAGUAAGUGUGUUAAAACAUUGCCAAUUGCACAUUGUGAGAUGUAUCACCAGAUAGCCUUCUGGUCUCAGAUGCACUACAGCACUGUUACCAAAUGUGUCUGAAAAUAAAAAUGAGAAUUUCAAUUGUGUUGGGAGGGGGGGGUGUGGUGGGUAGAAAUGAACAUAUUUAAAGGAUAUAUAGAUUUUUUUAGAAAUUAGGCCUGCCUUACAAUAGAUUAUUAGGCAGUUAUUUGAGCUGUGACCUAUUGGAAUACAUUUGAAAAUUAUACUGCAAUGAAUUUUAUUAGAAUCCUAUACUUCUGUUAAAUAAAAAUAUUUACUACAUUUCAGCUGCCAGGAUAUUGUAAGGACAAUCCAGUGAUACCAAAACCAGACGAUAUUUGCCCAGACCUUAAAAAUGAAGGCCAGGAAGUGGACGCCAACGCACUGGUGGCAGAGGCUAAAAGUUUACUCAGUGAAAUCUGGGACACCAUCAUCACAAAAUGUUGGGCCAGAGAUCCACAAGAGAGACCCCAGUCCAAUGAGUUGUUAGCCCUCAUCAGUGGUAAAUUACUUAGCAAAUACGUUAAUAAAUAGCAUAUUUAAAUUACAUAGAUUUAUUGUGUUAAAAUGUUUUUAGUCCUGUAGAACUAAUAUUCACCCCCCCCCAACUACACAAGUAAUGUCCUGGGACACACAUUCUGUUGCUCACAAGCAUUGUUACUAAUUUAAAUCAACCCACAUUGUCAGCUAGCUGAAUGCUCUGGGUGUUCCUAGCCGUUUUCCAUUACAGAAAUAUUAAAACAAGCGUUUAAUCUUGUGGUACCUAUGGAGUUAUGUCUCUGACCAGAAGUGACACAAAAAUUUUGUAUUGUCACCUGACAAACAAAUCUGCAGACGCGGUACUGAGCACGAAACUCUUGUCACCAGACUCUUUUAUGCAAGAAAAAUUCAAGAAAAAUAACACAGAAGUGAUGUUUGAAACUGAUAAGAAUGUCUGAUUUAGACAAAUUGACAGUCAUAAAAUCAGACUCUGUAAAACAGAGCUAGAAAUCAAACACACACAGCUGAAUCUAUUGCUCCUUAUUUAGAGUUGAGUUUGAGGUGUUUAAUGUAUCCUAAUAUUUUUAAGAAUGAGCCAAUGGCAUUGUGCUACGCUCUACUCAAGAGUAAAAAUCCCCUAAAGUGCACCAAACGGCAUGUAGAUUUGUGUUCAAUUUGGGUGUUGGGUAAACUUCCUAUUUCUAAAAAUGAAAGGGACUUUUUAAAACAAUGAUAGUGAAUUUUUUUUAUUUUACGGAAAUUGAAUCAAUUUAAAUCUGUUAAAAUUAUAUCUGCUAAUAGGCAAGCGUAAGUAAUCUUUAAUUUAUCGUCAGGAUUAUUAUGAUUAUAAAUUUGAAAUAAAUGUAAUGGCGUGAUUAGAGAAUUAAUUUAAGUAUUUAUCUGAUUGGGAGAGAUAAGCAACUUCAUAAAAGGAGAUGUGAACUUUGGUAUGGAUUUUUGUUGUCAAAAUAAAUGACCGUAUUUUUUUUUAAUAUAAGGAAAUAUAUUUUGAGCUAUUCUUCAAAAAGGAAUAUGUAGUACAUUGCAUAGUAAAAGGGGGGUGGGGCAAUAGAAUUUUAAUAUAGUUGAGGGGCAUGCGGUGGCAUACCUAAGGGGGUUACUAUUCAAGGGUUGCUUUUAUUAUCGUUUAAAAUAUGUGUGGGGGGAGGAGGGGGGAAUUUGUUUAUUUUCUCUUGACAGCACAAAAUAUGCAUCAGGAAAGUGGGCAUAUGAGUAUAGCAAUAUCACAAAGCCCAAAUAUGUCACACAACAGAAAUGGUUUACAGAUAGUUUUAAAGGGAAUGAAAUGAUGUAUUAAACCUUCAUCUUCAAGCUCAUUUCAGGGGGUAGGAUAGAUGGGUGUGUACAUUUUUAUGUGGAUGGCUGUAUCUUAAAAUCCAAUAUUAUUACAGUCUGGAAAAAGGGGUAUUGGAUUUUCUUAUAACAUAAAUCAAUAUGUGUUAUACCAAUGUCAGAAAAUACGGUUUGAGGGCGUUGACACAUUGUGGGCCCAUUAACUCUAAGUAAACCGAUACCUCAAAGCUAAGUGGUGUUGGAAAAGGAAAGAAUAGUUGAUAAGAUAUUCUUUAAAACCAUGGACAUCAAGGUAUUCCCAUUUCUCCAAAGAUGCAGUUCAGGGGUGAGGAUAAGGAAUGGGCUAACAGUAGAUUUGAAUUUAAAAAAAUAACACAGGCAAGUAAAACUUGGACCCUAACAAAAACAGCCUGAAAAAUUAUUUUUGCAUGGGAGAGAAAAAUUUUCCGGAAAAUAAAUGGACCAGCAAAUGAUGAAUAUGAAUGAAGAAUACAAACCAACCUUUGAAUAGUCAAUAUCAGGAUCCCACACUAGUAGCAGAAAUAAAAAAGGGCAGGCUACGCUGGGCAGGACACUUAGAAAGGAUGGCAAAUGACAGAGUAGUGAAGAGGGUGCAUCACCGAAAUCCAAGAGGAAAAUGGCUCAAAAGGAGAUCUAGACAAAGAUGGAUGGGUGAUGUGGAGAGGGAUCUACAGCAGCUGGGAAUCCAAGCAUGGGAAAGAAAAGCAUCAGAUCUGAGUGAAAGGAAGUGGUGAGACAGGCCAAAGCCUGGGCUGUAGCGCCAAAUGGGUUGGAAGGACAUAUUUUGUUCAUUUCCUGAAAAUUUUGGGCAAAAUACAGUUUAGGGGCAUUGAAAAAUUUUAUGAGAUUAACAAUUAGUUUGUAAAAAACAUAAAACUGUAACAGACUUAAAAAUUAGUCAAGAAAUUCUUCUAAGAUAAGAAAUCUUUUUUUUUUUUUCUUUUUUUUUAUAAUGAUAUUUCAAUAAUAAAUCUCAGGAGGCAAGUUAAAGUUGUUUACAUUUUUAACUGAAGAUACCAAACUAUCAAAAUCCUUUAAUUUUACAGAUAUUUAAAAUGGUACAUAGAUUUUUAAAAAAAAUUUCUUUGUAGAUCAGGGGUGUUUAAAAGUGUUCGGUAGGAGGCUUAUAUAUACAGAAGAUAAAAAGUGUUGGGUAGGAGGCUUAUAUGUACAGAAGAUAAAAAGUGUUGGGUAGGAGGCUUAUAUGUACAGAAGAUAAAAAGUGUUCGGUAGGAGGCUUAUAUAUACAGAAGAUAAAAAGUGUUCGGUAGGAGGCUUAUAUGUACAGAAGAUAAAAAGUGUUCGGUAGGAGGCUUAUAUAUACAGAAGAUAAAAAGUGUUCGGUAGGAGGCUUAUAUAUACAGAAGAUAAAAAGUGUUGGGUAGGAGGCUUAUAUGUACAGAAGAUAAAAAGUGUUGGGUAGGAGGCUUAUAUAUACAGAAGAUAAAAAGUGUUGGGUAGGAGGCUUAUAUGUACAGAAGAGAACAAUUUCCAAAAAUAAAUGGGAUUAGAAACAUAAACAUCUAUAAUUUUUUUUUUUUCAGAUUUACUAUCUCCCAAAUGUACAUUUCAAGAGCUUAGAAAAUUGUUGUAAUUUAAAAAAAAAGUUUUUUUUUUUGUUUUUUUUUGAGAUAACACAGGGUCAUAUCUUCUCGUGGUAGACUAUUUAAGGAGAACAUAUAUUUCAGAGUCGGAGAAUAUUUAAGGGUGUAUGAUGAAGAUUACUAAGCAUCAUUUCUAAUGCGUUUCUUCCAUUCUUUCCCCAGACAGAGAGGUUGAGGCCAGGGAGAUUAAAGUUGAUACGAACAUUGAGUCAUUCAAACAGGUGGUCUAUGAUAUCUUCAGGGAUGAUGAGCCUGUAGGUGAGUUGUCUUUGGUGAAAUAACGGGAAUGACCUGGAGGUAAGUUGUCAUUGGUGAAAUAAUGGGAAUGACCUGGAGGUAAGUUGUCAUUGGUGAAGUAAUGGGAAUGACCUGGAGGUAAGUUGUCAUUGGUGAAAUAAUGGGAAUGACCUGGAGGUAAGUUGUCAUUGGUGAAAUAAUGGGAAUGACCUAGAGGUGAGUUUUCAUUGAUGAAGUAAUAGGAAUGACCUGGAGGUAAGUUGUAAUUGGUGAAGUAAUGGGAAUGACAGAGUUGUCAUUGGUGAAAUAAUGGGAAUGACCUGGAGGUGAGUUGUCAUUGGUGAAAUAAUGGGAAUGACCUGGAGGUAAGUUGUCAUUGUUGGAAAAAAAGGAAUGACAACACAAAGCAACUUUUAGCUUUCCAUUUCUAAACCACAGGUAUCAUUCAAAGUCUUAGCUCUUCCUACCUACCUUCAAUGGAUUUAAUAAAUCCAUACUUAAUAAGAAGGAAAAGUUGGAUCCAAUUUCUUGUUUGUCUUUCAGCUGGGCCAAAGCCUCAAUCACUAAAUGAUCUGAACAGAAUUCUGAUGGAAAAAUCAAAACACAAAUUUAUUCCAACAAAUUGUUUGAUAAUAAGUGAAAGGAGGCUUGGAAAGGUAACAGAAGGAGUCUGUCUUUGUUUGUCUUGUCAGCAUUUUUAGGGAUGUUUAAACCAUUAGAACUGUCUUUGAUUCAAUAUUUUGUCAGUCUGUCUCAUACAUGCCAACCUGUGGGGUGAAACAGCUCACGUGGUCCAAUGCUGAACUCAUUGCACCGCCAGUUUUGAUAGUCUGUCUUUAUGGUAAAAUGACACAUAUUGUUGGAUAAAUCUGGCAGGAAUCAUCACCUGCUCCUGUCUAGGGGUUUCAAUUAUAGAAUCAGAUAAGCCACAAAGGAAAGUAAAGUAUUCUCAUUCAUAUGCACUUAUUUGUAAUUGAAAAGAAGUAUACAACCAAUUUCAUUGGAAUGAAGUGUACAUAUUCAUUUUAACCAAUGUGCAAAACUAAAUAGAAAUAAAAAAAUCUACUAGCAAUGGAAAAGUAAAUGCUGAUAGGAAGGGAUUAAAUCAACUUUUUAUUUGUAAAUUUACAAUCUCAGUUCUAAUGACUAUUUUUAACUCACUCAAGGGGGGAUUGCCUGGCAUGCAUUGGUGACAUGGUUGACGGUUGAACGCGCUGUGUGAUCCUGGUGAAAGAAGACAAUAAAAAAAGAGGAAUAACUCGUACUAAAAAAAAAAGGGUGGUGGUGGUGGGGUGUGUUUACGUUUUAACACAAUGUGGUUUCUACACCAUGGUUUAUGAAAUUUGAGUGUCCAGCCUGACGUCUUGACGGACUUGUGCAAAAUAUUUCUUUUCUAAAUCCAGUGAAAAACAGUACAAAAGCCUGUAUGGUUGUACAACACGGCAACAUAUAAAAACUGUACAAAGUACGGGGAAAUGGCACAGGUUGGCAUGUAUGCUGUUUAAACACUAGACCUGUAUCUAAUUAAAAAAUUAGACCUGUAUUUGUUUUAAAUUAGACCUGUGUUUGUUUUAAAUUAGACCUGUGUUUGUUUUUAUUAUUAAACCUGUGUUUGUUUUAACAUUAGACUUGUUAUGAUAAAUUACAAGUUUGAAGCAUUUAGAAAAUGGGGCCAUGAGCGUGGUUCUACUGACCACUUUAGAAGGUAUUUUUCAAUGCCAACUUCAGGGCCACUAUGGAGAAGUGUGGGAUGGAAAGGUCAGACGGCCAAACCUGACAUUACAAGGAGGCGGCAACCGAGAAUGGACAAGGGUGGCAGUUAAAAAAUUUAACAAAGGUGUGUCCACAGAAGCCAGCUUCAUCAAAGAAAUAAUGAUGGCCUGUGACCUGCAUCAUCCUAACAUUGUCAAAAUGUUAUACUUCUCUAUUGACCAUUGGGGUAAUACAUUAUUUUUACAAUUCUCUCUUGACCAUAGAGGUAAUUCAUUAUUGUUACACUUCUCUCUUGACCAUAGAGGUAAUUCAUUAUUGUUACACUUCUCUCUUGACCAUAGAGAUAAUUCAUUAUUGUUAUACUUCUCUCUUGACCAUUGCGGUAAUUCAUUAUUGUUACACUUCUCGUUUGACCAUAGGGAUAAUUAGAUAAUUCAUUAUUGAUAUACUUCUCACUUGACCAUAGAGGUAAUUCAUUAUUCUGGAGCCUUCUGCUCUGAAAAGAAACAACAGUAAAAACACUAUAAAAAUUAAAAUGAACACUUAGGUGUAAUGUAGUAGAAUGCCAAAACCCCAGAGGAAAACGGAUCAAAGGCAGACCUAGGCUGAGAUGGGUGGAUGAUGAGGACAAAGAUUUACAUGCUUGGGAAUCCAGGCAUGGAAAAGAAAAGCAUCAGUUAGGUCUGAGUGGAAGUGGAGAGGCUGGCCUAAGCCCUACAUGGGCUCUGUAGUGCCCUACAUGGGCUCUGUAGUGCAAUAGGGAUGGAUGGGUGUGAUGUGGUAACUGAGAAGACAGCAGGAGGGAUGCCUACCUAGGAACAGUUUUCCCAUGUUUUUUAAAUUUAUUUCCUACAUUUAGUUGAGAAUUUUUUUUUUUCAAUGUAAAUCUAUCAAAUGAAUCCACACAUACAAUCAGAAGUUAAUUUAUUUAUUGGUUAUGCAGAGACAAAAUUAUCCAAGUUUAUGCUGAUAAUGGAGUACAUGAAUCUGGGGAGCCUGAGUGAAUAUGCUAAGGCGUCAGAUAGUGGCCAACCACCCGACCAGCUGCUGAGAAUCUGCAUUGACAUCGCUGAGGUGAGAGCACGUUAUCGGAUUUAAUCCUUUCUUUGGCAUGUUAACUUUUAUCAGUGUUUGAGAUUAAAGGGGAAUACAUUGGGCCAUAAGCACUGCACAUUAGGUGUACUCCGAUUUUCAUGUCUGGCCCUUGGAGUACCCCAACUGUACACAAUUAAUGGUAAUAAAAGGGGGAGAGACUGCAAACAUGUUUACAUGGUAUUUAUCCAAAAAAAAUUUAGAGUUGCCAAACUAUAAAAAAAUUUGUAAUGGGUUAAAAAAGAAUAUUUAGCACAAAAUAUAGGAAAGUUUGAAAAAUAGAGCCAAACUAUAACAUGGAUAUGGCUGAGUGGCCAAACAAUAACAAGGAUAUGGCUGAGUGGUCAAACAAUAACAAGGAUAUGGCUGAAUGGCCAAACACUAACAAGGAUAUGGCUGAAUGGCCAAACAAUAACAAGGAUAUGGCUGAAUGGCCAAACAAUAACAAGGAUAUGGCUGAAUGGCCAAACAGUAACGUGGAAAUGGCUGAAUGGCCAAACAAUAAUGUGGAAAUGGCUGAGUGCCAUUUUCUGAAAACAGAAGCCAAACAAAGAAGGAAGUAAAAGCCAAAGUACUGACAUAAAAAGGCAGUUGGCCUCAAAAUGGAAAUGUAGCCAGUAAUUGAAAUGAAACAAAUGUACUUGUCCAUAAUAUGUGUAAAUAUGUAUGUAUGUAAUUGACCACCAGUGUAAACACUUUCUUGCAGGGAAUGGUUUAUCUGAGCGGAAAGGACAUUGUCCACCGGGACAUUGCGGCUCGAAACAUACUGCUGCAAAAACAGGACACUGGAAGAAUAGUGGCCAAAGUGUCUGACUUUGGACUGGCCCGUAACAUGGAUGAACGGUAUCGUUUCUAUAAACACAAAUCACAAGGUGUGGAACUGCCUUUCAUUUGGUAAGUGAUUUCUUGUAUUAGAAGAAAAGACGUGAGUGGAUGCUUGUAUUAGAUGGACAGACUUGAAUGGAUGCUUGUAUUAGAUGGACAGACUUGAGUGGAUGCUUGUAUUAGAUGGACAGACUUGAAUGGAUGCUUGUAUUAGAUGGACAGACUUGAAUGGAUCCUUGUAUAAAAUGGAUAGACUUGAAUGGAUGCUUAUAUUAGAUGGACAGACUUGAAUAGUGUUUUUAUUAGAUGGAUAGACUUGAAUGGAUGCUUGUAUUAGAUGGAUAGACUUGAAUGGAUGCUUGUAUUAGAUGGACAGACUUGAAUGGAUGCUUGUAUUAGAUGGACAGACUUGAAUGGAUGCUUGUAUAAGAUGGAUAGACUUGAAUGGAUGCUUGUAUUAGAUGGACAGACUUGAAUGGAUGCUUGUAUUAGAUGGACAGACUUGAAUGGAUGCUUGUAUUAGAUGGACAGACUUGAAUGGAUGCUUGUAUUAGAUGAAUAGACUUGAAUGGAUGCUUGUAGAAUCUCUCCCAUGUCACUGUUUGCAUGAAACUUCUGCUAUUAGCUUGCAGCAUUUCACUGAAUGUGAAGGAGCAAGUCAAGAUUGUUAUUAGAUGAAAAAAAUGAAAAAAAGGAUUUUUUUCAUAAAUUCAGAAACAAGUAAAAGUAAGGGGCCUGCACUUGUUCGACCAUCAGGAAUCAGGACACCAUCAGGAGUUAGUCACCUUGAUGCCUUAAACUAAAAAGAAUUCAUUUGCAGCUAAUAAAAAAUACAUUAGUUCAGUAAAUGCUCUACAGCAGUGGUUCCCAAACUUCUAAGUUUGGCGGACCGGUGAACAAGUUUUGAAAUUUUACCAGGGAUGGGUGCAUAAUUUAUUUUUAUACUUUUAUUACUAUUUGACAAUAAAUAUUUAUGUUAUGGGGACCGUCAGCGUUAGGCAUGCAGACCGGUGAAGGUCCACGGACCACCAUUUGGGGACCACUGCUCUACAGCUCACUCUGCGUGGCCAUUCUAGUUGUUAAAAAUAGUAUUGAUAAUUGCAAUAUAUCUCUCUUAUUUGCUGUUCCAGGACGGCACCUGAGUGUCUUAUCGAUGAUCUUGACAAAGCAGUUUACACAUCAAAGGGUGAUGUCUGGUCAUUCGGUAUGGUCGUUUGGGAGACUUUCUCAAGAGGAUGUCAUCCAGCAAAGAAAAUGCCACAAAACAUUACGCCUCUUGUUUUGAUCACUUCAUACAAAGAAAAGUGGCGCCUGCCUAAAGGGAAUGUGCCACAACCGAUCUAUGACAUAAUAAUGAGCUGUUGGAAUCUAGACCCUGGUUGCCGGCCAGCAUUUGUUGAGCUAGUCCAGUCGCUCAGGGCUUUGGAAAGGAUUAUCAGCUAACUGAUUUGUUCAAUGUAGAGUUUUCUUAGUGAUGUAGAUGUUUACAUGUCGCUGUGGUGCUGAUCUUUACCUGUCGCUGUGGUGCUGAUCUUUACCUGUCGCUGUGGUGCUGAUCUUUACCUGUCACUGUGGUGCUGAUCUUUACCUGUCACUGUGGUGCUGAUCUUUA